UCAUGUAUUCAUACUCGUGAAACAUUUCUUGUGGAUAUUGUGUAGAUUGUUUUUCUAUGGAGUUUCUACCAAAUGUGGAUUUAUGGCGUCUGAAACGUUAUCGCUAAGUGUCCUGCUUACGUUGGCCAUCUUCAGCGCAAUCAUCAAAGUUUCAUACGCAGUCAACCUGACGUUAGGAUUCACUGAACAACCAUUCUCACAAGUUGUUGCCCAACGAAAUCAGCCACUCCUGAUUAACUGUUCUGGAUUUUCGGAUCCGGAGUUUGGGCCCGUAAGCAUCAGUUGGCUGUAUCAGGGGAAUGAGAUUGACGAAAGCAGGCGGCAGGUGUUGAAAAAUGGGUCUCUAUAUUUUGAGAGAGUUUUAUACCAGAGAAGACCAGGCGGAAAGACAGAUGAAGGAGAGUACACCUGUAUGGUGCGGAACGACGUGGGUGCUAUAGUCAGUACACCAGUCCGACUGAUCGUAGCACGAAUGGUAAAAGACUUUUCAUCAGAGCCCCAGCCAUUGACAGUGACAGAAGGAGGAGUUGCCCAGUUUUUGUGCCAAAUUAGCACUGUUCCCUCUGCAGUAAUUAUCUGGCAACGAGAUGGCCAGGAUCUACCUCAAAAUAACAGCAGGUAUACACUGCUAAGCUCAGGUAUCCUACAGAUUACUAACGUUUCCAGUGUUGACCAAGGACGGUAUCGCUGUAUUGCUAGUAAUCCAGCACGUACAAGGCCAAGCAGCUAUGCUACGUUAACAGUUAAAUCAAGCCCACAAAAGUCACAUCCAAUCCAGUUUCUUAGUUCCUCCCAGUCAUUGGUGAAGGUUGCCAAUGAAACUGCAGUCCUGGAAUGCCUGGUGACGGGUUCGCCAAUGCCAGUGGUUUCCUGGAAGAGAGCAGGUGGCCAAAAACUUCCCAGUGAACGGAUAACACUACUUGGACAAGGCAAUCUUGUAAUUCGUUUUGUCACUACUGAAGAUGCUGGGACUUACUUGUGCAUAGCAACUGUGAAAGAUGUUAAAAGUGGGAAUAUUGAAACAGCACAACAGAGCUCAACUUUAACUGUUCAUGUUCCACCAAAAUUUAUGAAAGUUCCUGUAAGCAUGGUGAAAUAUACUCCACAAACUGCUCGUUUUCUGUGUGUUGUGAAUGGAAUUCCACCUCCAUCUGUGCAGUGGCUGAAAAAUGGAAAGCCUAUGUACUUAAAUGGACGUAUUAAGUUUAAAACAGAUGGAGAAUUGGUUAUUACCCAAACAGUGAUGUCAGAUUCAGGAAUCUACCAGUGUGUAGCACGUAAUGAAGCUGGUACAGCAUCAGUGACUGCACGACUUCAAGUGAAAAGCACAGGUGUUCAGCCAGAUGUUCCAUAUGGCCUGAAGGCUCAAACAUUAUCAAGCUCUUCAGUUUUGCUCACAUGGAAACCUCCUACAGUUAAUAGCAAGAACAUCAAAGCCUAUACUGUUCACUUUGCCCCAGUAUCAGGUGAAUUAGAAUCUCAGGUGGUGUCAACCAACACUAGUGAGGUUAUUACUAAACUCGCACCUUAUACCAAUUAUAGUUUUUAUGUUCGAGCGUAUAGUGCACGAAGUGCUAGUGAGCAGUCGGAGAUAAUUUAUCAUACAACUGGAGAGGAUGUUCCUAUUGCUGCCCCUUCAAUAACACUGACCAGCUUGAGCUCAACGACUCUUCGUGUAUCGUUGGAACCUCUGCCUCCACAUCAAGCAAGAGGAAAGAUUGUAAGCUACCACAUCAACUAUCGUCGUCAUAACCAAGCUUUGAACAAUGUAAUUGAAGUUGAUGGAGAUGUAACAGAAUACACCAUCACAGGUCUUCAACCAAAACAGAAGUAUGAUGUUCUAGUAUUGGCUGGUACUGUAAUUGGUUUUCCUGGUCUUACUGACCAGAACUGGCCUUGGGUUACUCAGGAAAUGCCUGAUGGUACUACUACAAAAGUCCCAUUGCCUCCAACUUUUCACUUGACUGUAAUUAAUGCUUCAACUAUAGAAGUAAAAUGGCAAAUGGCAAAGGAUCUGAGAUAUCCAGUUGAGGGAUACCAUCUUUCAUAUAGAGAACAAGGACAUCCAUUGCAAGACACCAUCACACUUGAAAAACAUGUGAACAAAUUCCUUCUUACAAAUCUUGAUCCCCAUACGUGGUAUGAAGUACAUCUUUCAGGGUUUAAUGGGUAUGGUGAUGGCCUUGAAGCCGUCCGAAACAUCCUAACUUUACCUGAAGAUCAUCCUGAUUUUGAGACUAUUGAAAUUGUAGAGCCACCUCAUGAUAUUGAAGCAUUUCCCAAGAGUCCUUAUAGUGUCCAGGUACAGUGGAAGCCACCAAUGACUCUCAGAAACAUAAGCUAUUAUACUGUAAGAUUUCACCCUGUGUUAAAUGGGCCUUUGAAUGCUUCAGCGGUCAACUAUAUUCGCAGCACAAACAACAGUGUGAUACUCAGUGACCUGACACCAUUCACUUUGUAUGAGUUUUCUGUAAGAUCUCACAGUAUUAAAAACCAACAAGGACCUUUCAGUCAGAAAGUGGAAUGCAGGACAUUACAGGAUGUUCCCUCACCUCCUUUGGAUUUAUCAUGGCUUGCAGUGAAUGCUCAUACUAUAAAACUUCUUUGGCAUCCCCCUGCCCUGCCAAAUGGGGAAAUAACCCUUUAUGAAGUAUUGUACACCACGCAAAUGAGAAACACUAACAACCUAGAUAACUGGCACAAGAAAGAAGAAAAAGGUUUUCAAGUAAGUUCCUUAAUUGAAGGUUUGGCCAGCAAUACAGUGUACUUUUUUUGUAUGCGAGCAUGGACAAAAGCAGGAGUGGGUCCACCAUCUGAAACCAUCACCGUCAGUAUUCCAGUGAAGAGAAAUGACACAAAACCUUUGCAAGGAGCCCUGGUUAAAGAUCUUCUUAAUACUUAA